AAAGAGCAAAGACAGACUCCCUCUCAUCAGUUUUCUCUGUCAUCAUGGAGCUGAAAGUUGUGUUCCUGAUUGUCUGCCUUUGUGCUUUGGCCGUCGCCUCAACUGAAGCUGGCAUCCACAAAUGCUGCAUCAAAACAAAAGAGGACAUCCCCGUCCGGAUGCUGCAGAGGGUUCAGGGAUGGAGCGUUCAGCACAGCAGCGGCGCCUGUGACAUCACCGCGCUCAUGCUGCGCGUGAAGGGCAUGAGGAAGCCGGUGUGUGCCCAUCCCAAAGUGAAGAAAGCCCUGAUGGUGCUGAUGAGGCGGAUGAAGCAGAAAAAGCAGAAAGACGCUUACUGAGACGCCGUUCUGUCACUACAGUUGGUUUCUGGAGCUUGUGCCGUACAGAAAGCCCUUACCUUCUAUUUCAUUGAUUAUGAUCUUUUAACCCUCCUGUUACCUUUACAUUUACUGACAUAUUUUACCCUCGGGGUCAAUUUCACCCCAGCAAUUAAAACCUCCAGAAAAUUAUUUGAAUUAAUAUUGUUUCCCAAGUUUAAGUGUGAGGUACUUUAUGUUUGUUUGUUGACUACCUAAAUAGCCCUUUAAAUAUAUAAAAAAGUUGAUAUUUCUUAUAUGUUUGACACAGUGAAAAACAGCCUGGGGUCAAAUUGACCCCAAAGAACACCGACAUUAAACAUUGAAUGGGGUCAAAUUGACCCUAAAGGUAACAGGAGGGUUAAAGGUCCUGAUAUUUGGAUUACUGCGCUCUGUAAUUCUAACCUGCGACAUUUCAGAGGGAAUUAUUGUGCGUUUUACUCACAUAACAUUCAUUUAACAGCUCUAGUUACUUUUCAAAACAAGAUUUUAAAGACAGAACAUCUAAUCAGUUUACAGCAUUAGAGUGCAGCUUACAUGUUUACGCAUCGAUAAUUAUGAUCUGCUAAUAACUCACAGGGGCCGUUCUGCAUCAUGGGUACUUUUACUUUGAGUUUGUAUCCUUGCCAACAAUUCUGGACCCUUAGCUUUGUAGAAAUGUGGAGUUUGACUUCUAAUGGGAUAGUUUUUAUAUGUGUGGUAAAUAAUGUGGAUACAAUGCCUGUCUGUCUUUGCAUUUCUCCAAUCAUAUACAAACAUAUGUCUCUGUGAAAUGGUACUUAAUAAAUGUGUUAUUUUUU